AUGCGCAACAACUAUCUGACAGCCGCAUUCGCAGCCCAAACGAUGCUGAAGUUGUGGCUUGAAGAUGAUGCUAAGAAGCGUAUGUCUUUAUCAAAUGGGUUCAAGCCGUCAGAGCAGCGAAAGAGGCGCAUCGUGUUUAUAUGCAGCACUGCAGUGUUCGUUGGACUGCCUGGGUACGAUGCGUACACCCCUGCCAAAGCGGCCGUACGCGCGUUGGCAGAUAUCCUACGAAGUGAAGUAUACCAGUACUCAGGCCCGGGAGCAAUCUCAGACUACAAGAUACACUGUGCAUUUCCGUCGAAUUUUGGAUCCGCUGCUUUUCUGGAAGAGCAGAAGCAUAAGCCAGUUAUGACUUGCCGUUUCGAGGGCACACUGGUCGAGAGCGAAGAGGAGUUGCUAAAGCGAGUCCCCACUGCAAGGUAUGUCGCUGAGCGCAUCGUCCAUGGCGUUGAACAAGGGAAAGACUUUGUCAUUCUCGAUGGCAGUGCGGUGUCAGAGUUACUAUACGCCGGUAUGAGGGGGCCUUCGCCCGCGCGUGGGCUUGGCCUCGUGGACUUUUUCGCGUCCCUUGCUAUGCUCGCCGUGUGGCCCUGGUUGAGAAGGAGGCUAGACCGACUCUGUGCAGGAAACAAGGAUAUCUAG